GCCACUUUCUAGGUUUCUACUUUUUCUGAGAUGCUGCAUCUCCUCCUGCAACAAUCAAGUCUAGCACAAUGAAGCCUCUCAUCUUAAUUGCUGGCCUUUACGCCACCACAAUCAGUGCUCAACGAUACCCUGAGUGUACAAGCGAUCUUGUCAGGACCGACGACUGUGCUGACGUCAUCAAUCCCGCGGCAUGCUACAAUCAGUUCCGUUGGAACGCAAGAACUCUCACUUGCAUCGAGGGAGUAAACGAUGCUGACCGAAAGCGCAAGAUAACGCGUGGGACAUGUGGUGGCGCUACAAGAACAAUACAAGCUAACAUUGAUCUGUCCUUGAACUUGGCCAGGCCUGCGCAUGUUGCACCUGUGUAG